AUGGACAGCAUAAGCACAGAUUUGCUCCUACUCCUGGCUCUCGUCUGUCUGUUCCUGACCAUCGGCUCAAGGGGCAAAGACCAGCUGCCCCCAGGCCCCAGACCCCUCCCACUCCUGGGAAACUUGCUGCAGCUUCGCUCCCAAAACAUGCUGACCUCCCUCACCAAGCUGAACAAGGAUUUCGGUUCAGUGUACCUGGGGCCCAGGCGGGUGGUGGACCUCAGCGGGUACCAAGCUGUGAAGCAGGCUCUUGUGGACCAGCGGGAGGUGUUUAGUGGCUGUAGAGACUACCCUGUCUUUUUCUUUUCAUACUUUUGGGGUGUUGUUAUGCUGCAUGUUAGGUGGCCAGGAGCGUGUGUUCUGUGCUGCUACUGGUGUUACUACUGCCUGGGGUCUGGUGUGUUGCACACUGCGUCUCCCGAGCCGAGCCGCCGACCCGUUAGCCCCUCACCCUCAGGCGAGCCCUUCGACCCCAAGUUUGUGCUGAGCCGCUUGGAGUCCAACAUUAUCUGCUCCGUGAUCUUCGGCACCCGUUUCGACUACGAAGAUAAACGUCUGCUCACCAUUACCCACCCCAUCAAUGACAACUUCCAAAUCAUGAGCAGCCCCUGGGGAGAGCGGUACAAUAUCUUUCCGAGCCUCCUGGACUGGGUACCCGGGCUGCACCAACACCUUUUCCAGAACUUCGGACGCAUGAAGGACCUCAUCGCCCGCAGCGUCUGUGACCACCAACAGGCCUCCCUCGACCCAAACUCUCCGCAGGACUUCAUUGAUUGCUUCCUUACCAGGAUGGCACAGGAGAGGCAGGACCCGCUGAGCCACUUCCACAUGGAUACUCUGCUGAUGACCACACACAAUCUGCUCUUUGGAGGCUCCGAGACGCUGCGCCACGCUUUCCUCGCGCUCAUGAAGUAUCCAAAAGUGCAGGUCCGCGUGCAGGAGGAGAUCGACCGCGUGUUGGGACGCUCGUGGCUGCCUGCGCUGGAGGGCCGAGCGGCCAUGCCUUACACAGAUGCGGAGAUCCACACGGUGCAGCGCUGCGCAGACGAUCCCAUGAGCUCUCCUCACCGCGUCACUCGGGACACGACUUUUCAAGGCUUCCUGCUACCGCGGGGCACGGAUCUGCUCACCCUCUUUAAUACAGUCCACCAAGACCGCAGCCAAUUUCUGACGCCCUGGGAAUUCAACCUUGAGCAUUUUCUGGAUGCCAAUCAGUCCUUCAAGAAGAGACCUGCCUUCAUGCCUUUCUCGGCCCGUGAGAGUGGUCAGGCCCCGUAUUCCACCUGCAUUCCCCAGGCCUAA